GCAGCGGCAGCAGCAGCAGCAGCAGCAGCAGCAGCAGCAGCAGCAGCAGCAGCAUUAUUGGACUUUAGGUUUUUGGGGCUCUGGGGGGGGGGGGGGGGAAUAGAUUAGUUCUUGUAGGGGGCUUUGUUUGGUGGUUUGUUUUGUUUUUGUGGGGUUUUUUUUUUCCUUCUCUGCACCACCCUCCUUCUCAAAGGUCAAAGUAAUUCUUUGGUUCUUUGAGGGAGUCUGUAGGCUUUUUGGUGCUUUCAAGAACUGCACAGGCCACCCUAGAUGGAAGCUGAAGAGGGCUCCAGCAUUCCUAAGGCAUUCUGAAGCUCUAGGCUGAACAGUGUGUUGAUUGCUAACAGCGUUUGAAGGAAAAUGAGUAGUCCCCCAACUUCAGAAAGUGGAUCAUAUUCCACAAACCACUCGGGACCCUUUAUUUAUGCACAGCCAUCAGCUCAACAGCCUUAUCCAAAUCCAUGGUACCUCAGUUAUGCAUACAGUCCAUACUGCGUACCUGCUCCAGGCUUUCGAAGUGGAAAUCCAUAUUUUCCAUUUUAUCCUGUUGCUCUCCAUGAGUACCCUCGAUUUUUUGUCCCACAGCAUCCAGUGCAUGCAAGAAUUAACAGAAGGCCUUAUUUUAAUGCUGCCCCACCUUCCCCUAUGUUUUAUCAUGCAACAAGAUUCAGACAUUAUAAUAGCCCUGGGAAGAAAAUGGAGACAAAAGAAACACAGACUGAUCCUAGACAGCCUGAAAGCAAGCAAAAAAGGCAUCAAGAUAUCCGUACAGAAACGAAAGGUUGUGAUGCAGGAAAUACAGCCUGUGUUUCUCCUGGUAUAGGUACAGAGACUGAAAGUACUUCAGAGAAACAAAAUUCGUUUGGCUCUUCUAUUGUGGUAGACAGAGAGUUUCAUAAUAAGAACCCUGCCAGCUCUACACAGUAUAGAAAUCUUCCUACUGGAAGCUAUGCCUUUGAGAAGGAAGAAGUGAGGAUAGAAUAUGGAAAUGGCUCUCCAGCUAUUCAGCUGUGGAAAUCCUUCAAAGAAACAAUCCCAUUGUAUGACGUGGCAAGUGGUAAACCAGUUCCAGAGAACAUAGUGCCACAUGACUUGUUUUCUGUUAGCUCAUGUGAAGGCAUGAUAUAUGGCCCUCAUGAAGGGGAGAAUAUGCUGCCAGGAGCUUCCUUAGAUGAGAGAAAAGCUAUUGUCACCUCUAAACAGGGUGCUGAAGCUGUGCAAGAGAAAGAUGUGCAAAAUAAUGAAGUGAAGCUGGAUGCAGAAAUGAUGGCAAAACCUCCCCCAGGUGAAACCGUGGCAGUGCAAAUCACAGAGUUGGCAAGAUCUGUUGGUGUAGACCAACCAGUGGUAAUAGCUAAGAAAUCUAGCACUAAAAGGUCUGCAGGAUCAAAAACUUCUCAAGAAGAGCCUGGCUUUAUUCAACAGGCAGGACUGCUUCCAUCUAAUAUGGAGGUAAUGAGUGACUUUCAGCAGAAAAAGCUGAAUUUAAGCCACAGUGCAACCAAUGAAAGUCAGACAGAAAAAAGCAUUUGGUGUGACAAAUCAAUUGAGAAGUUUGCUCCCUCUAGCAGCUGGCUGGCUUGUUUGGACAGUAUGGACACAACCUACAACGCUUGUUUGCCACAAAGGAAGCGCCGAAGUGUAAUCAGUCUGUCUUCUGAUGACAUAUCCUCUGGAGAGGAAGGCUCAUCAACUGAUAAUGCCCCAGUGUCUUAUUUUGUGCCUGACUAUGUGCUUCAGAAAAGCACGUACACUCUUCAGAAAAGUACAGAGGGCUCAGAGCAAAUUAAAAGUGGUGGAUCCCCUAACGUAGAUGAAGUGGUAGGAAAGGAGCGGGUGAACAGCCUGAAUGACCAAGAUGUCAACUCUUCAAAUACAAAGAUCAAAGAGACUUCCAGUAAAGGUAGAAAGCUGGGAUCCCUUCCUAGGUCCUCUAGUUGGAAAGAAGUCGAUUCUCCCAACAAAAAAGCAACUAAGAGUUUGUCAGAAGCUGAGGACUCUGAAGAAUAUUCUGUGAAGGGAGAAGAGGAAGAUGAAGAUGGAGAGGAUGAGUAUGAGGAGGACGAGGAUGAUGACAUGGAUGAAAUUGAGUAUUUCUUUCAAGAAGCCCCUCCGUAUGGCAUCUUGAGGCCAAGUAAAGGAAAUUUCUACCAAGUUGGCCAGAGAGUGCUUUGGAAACCACCUACAAAUGCUGUACCAGCACAACUAAUUAGCUGGCCUGCUCAAGAGAAAAUAAAAACUAGGAGUGGGCUUGUUGGAAACAUUGGUGUGGUUUACAAGCCAAAGAAGAGAGACCAAGAUGAAGUUGUAUACAGUGACUAUGGGUAUUAUGGAAGAAAGAGGCCUAUGACAAGAAGAGAAGGACUUGAACACCAGCGACUGCUACGGAAAUUCUUGAGAGGAAGGCUGUUAAGAGAGAACAUGGGGAUACCACCUGAAGAGUACUGGAUUAGAAGUGGUGCUAAACCCAGAUUUACCAGCCAAAUACGUGGUAGUUUCUCACCUCCAGAAAGGGGCAAAGAACAAGUGUGCCCACCUUUGGUUAAAGCAAAGAAGAAAAGACUGGGCAAGCCACCUUCAAAAGGCAGAGACACAAGACAUGAGGUGGAAGAAGCAGAAAUGUGGGAGCUGCCUAAACACAGCGUACACAAAGGGCAUGGAACAAAGAAGUCCCUCUCUAAGAAAAGAUAAUUGCAAAUAUUGGGGCAGAAGUAUGUGGAGGGGAGGGUAAUAUCAAAGUUUUUUUCUGUAUAAAUCCAAGAUUUGAUUAUCAUUCUCUUGCAUAUUUUGUAAGUUGCUGUUCACUCUAAAAGGGCAAGAAGUGACACUGUGAAGACUGAGUACACAAUUAAAAUGGAAUGAAGUAUUUAACACCAAAGACACCUUUUUAUAACUGGCACAUCCACUAUUUAAAUAAUAAAUUUCAUGGAAUUGCACUUUGAGCCUUCUUGUGUUCCAUCUUUGCACAGUAGCAAAAAAAACUUGAGAUGGCCAUGUAUGUGCACAACUGCUAUUACAGCAUGACAGUUAUUGCUGCCCUGUCCUUAAACUCUACAGGUCUGUGAAGCCUGUCCCUGUUAUCUCACAGUCAUAUGACCUAGACAUAAGUACAAGAUCCUUUUCUAUCAGCUGGAUUUGUUUUUGUCAAAAUGUAGAGGAAUAUAGUUACAGCUGUAUGAAGUCAAGUGCUGUUUCAAACUUUCAAGGCAGUUCCUCAAAUCUUACUCUCAUGAUUGAGGACUAAAACUAAAGCAUCGAGUUGAUGUGAUGCUUCCCUCUCCUCCCCUUUUUCUCUUGAGAUUUUUGAGUCCUUUAUGGAGACCCUGAGCUGGAGAUAUGGAUCUGAAAGGUAAAACAGAAGAUUUUAGUGGUGUGCCCUGUUUUCUGACUUCCUACUGAUGACUUCUAUGACUUACAGGUGAUAUUGUCCCUGGGAGUCUCUUUACAGAACUAAGAUGAUAAAAUUAGGUCUGUGCUGAGCUGUCUUAAGAAUAAUGGUAACAGACUGAUCUAGAUGAGGUGGAUAGCUCAAAAAUAUGCAUUUCUUUUUUUCCAUGUCUAGGAAGGCUAUUAUUACUGUGUGAGAAGAAUAAAUAUGCUAUUGCCAAUCUUGAAUGAUUUGCAAAUAAAAUUAUAGCAUCAGUGAAGAAAAUGGGAAAACAACAACAAAAAACCAAAACAAAAAAACCCUCCCAUCUGGUUUGCCUUAAAAUAGGGUGGGGUGAAUGGACAGACAGAACUUGUCUUUUGCCUCCUCUCCCAUCUUCUUAAUCUGUCUGGGCCCUAGAGUAAGCUACAUGGAUAAAAGCAGCAUUUCCUGUGACUGUUUAGGUUUUGUGCCUAUCUAUUACUAGCUUGCCCUCUACCUGAAGUUCUGCUGUUUUCCCUCUUAGUGAGGAGUAGUGAUAUUUCCCUACCCAAUUGAUCCUAUCUCUUUAUUAUUUUUAAUACCACCUGGUUAAUUGUUAAAGCUCUGCUAUAACUACAGCCUUUACCACAAGCUGUUAGAGGAAAGAAGUCAUUGUGAUGACAAGUUUUCAAUUCCUUUUUACUUCAAGUAAUGAAAGAAAAUAAAUGCAUUAAAAAUUCUUAUUUGUCUUCUGUGCUGCAUGAAAUCUCUGCACCAGAACAACAAAGAAUAAAAUGAGGAAUUCAAACAUGGAGCUUUUUAACACCCAUUUCUGCUGAUGGCCUUAGCUGUAUCUUUUGCUGCUUAUCUUAUAAAGGAGUAUUCAUGACCUCACAAUCAGAUGGCAUUCUUACUUUUGGGAAUGGCUAACACCUGAUAGGUACUCCAAAUGAUCAUGUUGGUCAUCUUUUUACAGGUCUUGUACUAUUCAGUGUGAUUUCCACUCAGAUGCAAGAGGUAAUUUAGGACCUGGUGAUGCUCCUGGGAGGACUUGAGGGAGUAGCAGUAGGAGAGUACACAGCUCUUUGUCUGAAAACAAAUGCUAUUUUAAACUAGUUAUAGCUUGUACUACACUUGUGCUAUGCCAAAUACUUAAAGCAGUGUGCAUGAAUGUGUUCAAGAAAGAAUUAUUUGAUAAGGUUAUGUGCAGUGUAGUUUACUGUAACAGUACUAGUCCUCUGACCUUAAAACUAAAUCUUCUACUUGGCUUUUUUUUCCAUUCAGCAGUAUGGACAAUUUGUGGAUUGCAUCUUAACUGGCUCACAUCUGAAACUAACGUUCCAGUGAGUCAAAAGGCUGUACUUCGCAAAGGCAGUGAAGUACAAACUGCAUUGAAAAGGCUGGGAGCUCAAGCCUAGGCUCUUGUUUAUUCAGCCAGGUAACCAAGGCCCAGUGCUAUUUAGUUUUGCAGAGGCACAUACGUGUCAGCCUUUGUUCCCACUGCAGCCGGACUGACUGCCCAGUGACUCACUGCAGCGCUGGCAGCGCUGAGGCUUUGGAACUGUCGCAGUACUGCAUUGCCUUGGAAGUUUCACUGGCUUCCUGCAGCAUCUCCUGAAAGGCAGCUGAAGAAUCUAUUUGCUGCUUGGCACACCAGCAACAAACCUUAGAGGCCUCUGGGAUUGCCAUACCAAGAGCAUUGUUUGGACAGACUUACUGUCUGUGGCUCAGGACUUCUAAAUCAUUAUUUGUAGCUAACUGAAUCCUCUGUUGCAAAGUGGGUGUGGUGUAAUUACUGACGUGGAGCUCUGGGUUCUGUUGGCUUGCCAGGUACUAAUUCUGAAUUUUAAUUUUCAGUUUGGUAGCACCUGGAUGGCAUAAAAAUUUUUUUUGCCUUUUACAAUGUCUGGUGUUCUGCCUUAUACUGGAAAAUAUUAACCACAGGUUCUUCUAUUAAAAUCAAACAAAGGCAGA